AUGGGUAUGGUUUUUGGUAAGAUCACAGUGGAAACACCAAAGUAUGAAGUGGUUCAAUCCUCGGCUGACUAUGAAAUCCGAAAAUACCCACCUGCAGUUGCAGCUGAAGUCACAUACGAUCCAUCUCAGUUCAAGGGGAAUAAAGAUGGUGGCUUUUCGUUGUUGGCAAAUUACAUCGGUGCUUUAGGCAAUCCCCAAAACGCAAAACCUGAAAAGAUAGCAAUGACAGCUCCAGUGAUAACUAGAUCACCUGGAAAUAAAAGUGAAAAGAUUCCCAUGACUGCUCCUGUGGUGACAAAGGGUGACAACAAUAACAUGGUGACCAUGCAAUUCCUAUUGCCGGCGACGUAUAAGACAGCGGAGGAAGCACCGAAGCCUUUGGAUGAGAGGGUGGUGAUAAAGGAAGAAGGGGAGAGGAAAUAUGGGGUGGUGAAGUUUGGAGGAGUGGCGACGGAUAAGGUGGUGGAAGAGAAGGUGGAGAAUCUGAAGAAAAGCUUGGAGAGAGAUGGGUACAAGGUGAUUGGCCAGUUCUUGUUGGCUAGGUAUAAUCCUCCAUGGACUUUACCUGCUUUCAGGACUAAUGAAGUCAUGUUACCAGUCGAGUGAAUGCAAAACUGUAUGUUUGUUUAGCUCUUCUUUUCUCCCAAGUUUGGAUUGCAUAGGCUACAAAAAGAAAUGGUCUUACCAGCAUAUGAGCCAUUCUCUUAUUCUAUCAUUUCGAGUAUUGUACACACACAGGUGGGCAAAAACAGCUUAUUAACAUAUCAUCAGAGUAUGUAUGGAUUAAUUCAUUCAUGUCCCAAGCCAUGAAUUUAUUCUUCAUGUUGAUCUCAACCAGAGACUAACUUUACUAUAAUAGUGAUGAUAUUGAAAAGGAUAA